GUUCCCGGAAGUGGUGGCGCGGUCAGCUGCAGCUUGCAUAACCGCGGAGGGCUGGCGCCCAGUCGGCUGUGUUCGCCAACGCUAUGAGUUCCUUCGAGGGCCAGAUGGCGGAGUACCCAACUAUCUCCAUAGACCGUUUCGACCGGGAGAAUCUGAGGGCUCGCGCUUAUUUCCUGUCCCACUGCCACAAGGAUCACAUGAAAGGAUUAAGAGCCUCUACCUUGAAAAGAAGGUUGGAGUGCAGCUUGAAGGUCUCCUUAUACUGUUCACCUGUUACUAGAGAAUUGUUAUUAACCAACCCGAGGUACAGAUUUUGGGAGAAACGAAUUGUGUCAAUUGAAGUUGAAACUCCUACCCAGAUAUCUUUAAUUGAUGAAGCAUCAGGCGAGAAGGAAGAAAUUGUUGUGACUCUCUUACCAGCUGGUCAUUGCCCAGGAUCAGUUAUGUUCUUAUUUCAGGGCAACAAUGGAACUGUCUUGUAUACAGGAGACUUCCGAUUGGCAAAAGGAGAAGCUGCCAGAAUGGAGCUUCUGCACUCGGGGGGCAGUGUGAAAGACAUCCAGAGUGUGUACUUAGACACCACUUUCUGCCAUCCAAAGUAUUACCAAAUUCCCAGUCGGGAGGAGUGUCUGAGAGGGAUCUUGGAGCUGGUCCGCAGCUGGAUCACACGGAGCCCCUACCACGUGGUGUGGCUGAACUGCAAAGCGGCCUAUGGGUACGAGUACCUGUUCACCAACCUCAGCGAGGAGUUCGGAGUCCAGGUUCACGUGAAUAAACUGGACAUGUUUCGAAACAUGCCUGACAUCCUUCAUCAUCUCACAACAGACCGUGGCACUCAGAUCCAUGCCUGUCGGCAUCCAAAGGCAGAGGAAUAUUUUCAUUGGAAUAAAUUACCCUGUGGAAUAACAUCCAAAAAUAGAAUUCCACUCCACAUAAUCAGUAUUAAGCCCUCCACUAUGUGGUUUGGAGAAAGAACUAGAAAAACCAAUGUUAUUGUGAGAACUGGAGAGAGUUCGUACAGAGCCUGCUUUUCUUUUCACUCCUCCUACAGUGAGAUUAAAGAUUUCUUGAGCUACAUUAGUCCUGUGAAUGUAUAUCCAAAUGUCAUUCCACUGGGCACAACUCUGGAGAAAGUUAAAGAAAUCUUAAAGCCUUUAUGCCGAUCUUCGCAAAAUAUCGAGCCAAAGUAUAAACCACUUGGAAAAUUGAAGAGAGCUAGAAUAAUCCAUCUAGACUCAGAGGAGGAGGAGGAGGAGGACGAUGACGAUCUCUUUGAUGAUCCUCUGCCAGUACCUUUAAGGCACAAGGUUCCAAAUCAGCAGACUCUUCACUCUGAGGUACUUCCCAUGACUGCUCUACCACAAGACCAGCCUGAAAAACAGACAGAAAGCACAGAAUGCUUCAAAGCAGAGAGUAUGCCAACAUGUCUCUGGGCAAACUUCGUAGAUUGUGAAGAAUCCAAUAGUGAAAGUGAAGAAUUAGAAAUCACGGCUCCAGCUCAAGGAGACACGAGUCCUGUCCCCCAUCACCAGCAGAAGGCUGAAGGGGAAGUACCACAGUGGGAAGUGUUCUUUAAAAGAAAUGAUGAAAUCACAGAUGACUGUUUGGAAAACCUUCCGUCCUCCACAGAGGCAGGGGGCUCUCAGUCCCCAAAGCUUUUCAGUGACUCUGAUGGGGAAUCAACUCACAUUUCUUCCCAGACUUCUUCUCAGUCAACACACAUAUCAGAACAAGGAAGUCAAGGCUGGGACAGCCAAUCAGACACUGUUUUGUUAUCUUCCCAAGAGAGAAAAAGUGGGGAUAUUACCUCCUUGAACAAAGGUGGCUCUAGACCAGAAAUCAAAGAGAAUAUUCCCAUCCUUCAGAUGGAACAAAAUGUAUUUUGCCCGAAGGAUACUUACUCUGAUUUGAAAGGCAGAGAUCAAGAUAUAAACACACUUCCCAGUGCUAGAGAAACAACUACUCUGAGCAGUGGGAAACACAUGCCUCAGGAGAAAAGGCCGCUAAACUGUAACAGUAACACAGAUUCACAAGGCUCCUCUGACUUUGAAAUUCCCUCCACUCCAGAAGCUGAGCUACCUCAACAAGAGCAUCUGCAAUAUUUAUACAAGAAGUUGGCAGGAGGAGAGGGUAUAGUAAUUGAAAAAAGGAAAAGCGCACGUCAUUCUAGAGCAACCACUAAAAAACCUACACAAACAGGUAAUAGUCAGACUCCUAAUAGAUGAGUUCAAAUGGAGUACUUAAAAAUGUUCAUAUAACCUAAAAGGCAGCUCUAAAAGGGGAAACAAUAGGACCAAAAAAUACAAAGAAAACAAGAAUGGGAGAACUCAGUACAAACAUAUCAGUAAUUACAUCAAAUGAAAAUAGGGGAAAAACCAUAAGCCAACUAUAUAUUGUCUAUAGGAAACUGGCUUCAAGACUUGGGCAGGUUUACUGGUGAAAGGAUGGAAACCUUCACCACAUAAUAAACAUGAAAGAUGGAGGGGCUAUAUUACUAGUGAUAAAAGGUCCAGUUCACUGAGACAUAAACCCAAAUGAGUAUGUACUGGACAACAGCCACACAUACAGAGCAAAAACAACUGAAAGGAGAAA